UUUGUGACGUCACCACGACAAAUACGGUCGAAAUUACUUGAAAUAUAGAAUCCAUUACCUUUUUUUUCAUAUUUUAUUUGGGAUGUUAAUUAUUACAUCUCAAAAUUAAGUCUCCAUUUCCAGCCAACAUAUAUUAUGCUAACAAAAACUCCGAAACCUGCUUAUAAGCGUUUCAUCGGGACCUCAUUGAAAGCUAUAUUCUUCGCGGAAGCCUUAGGAUUUGCAGUUUCAUACGGUGUUUAUUAUAAACUUAACACUGAUAGAGCGUUUCGUCUGUAUAUGUACCAGAAUCACAGCUGGGUAUUAGAAGGCUACUAUCAACUCGGCGAGAGAAUUGGCGGACAUAAAACCCGAGAUCUAGAUAAGCAAGUUUGGAGUAACGAAGGCAAAAUAUAA